CUUGAAUAAGGGCUGACUUAUUUUGAUAAAAUGGGCUCCGUUGAGCCCUUUCUCCCUUCAUAAAAUAACUUAUACAAAAAGAAAAAAGAAAAAAAAAACGCGAAAGUGUUGGAGUCCGAGAGAAAGAGAGUGUGUGUAAAACGAUGGCGGAUGUUUCUGAUCCUUCGCUUGGUGGCUCUAAACGUUUGCGUACGAUUAAGCGUCUUUGGUAAAUUUGAACCCGAGAAGUGGCGUGUGUGCACAGAGAAAGAAAUCCAGGAUUAUACGGGGCCAUAUGCAAUGGAUGCCAUGAGUUUCUAUAACGAAACAAAAGGCACCAAGUAUGAGCUGGUGGAGCCUGGUUACUUUUCACAUGCUCUUCUUUCGCGAUGCCUUCUUACCCAUAUCGACUUCACGGCUAAGAAGACUGAUGUCGCUGAUGCUCCAGAGGAGAUGUUUUUUGCUGAACUGACAACUAUCAACGAGGUUGACACUGUCGAGGUUUGCAAAUGCAUGGGCCAGAAAGAAUCAAUUUCAGGAGAUAAAAAACAAUGGCUGCUAUUAUUGCAUGGAGUACCUUGUCCAGCAUCCUAGGGAUGGAGGAUUCAGCGCUGGCGGUGUUGGAUUAUUCACUGAUGAAGAAAGUUACUUUUGAUGAACAUAUCAAUGUCAGUUGUGAGUAUUGAAACUUAAUUUAGAGUCCGACUAUGUGUGACAUAAGUGCACGCUUAGUGGCACCGUCUUUGAAUGCAAAUCUGGCCUGUCUUAAGUUCACUGUCUU